AUAUAACGUGAGCCAUCACACUGAUAUUGUAUCAAAGAUAUAAAUAUUUUAUAUAUUGACAACGUAUAUUCGCCCCCAACAACGGAAAUGAACAUCUUAAUUUCGUACAUCUAUCUGGCAGCGUUGAUAUUUUCUUCCUUGGCCCGUGUACCGGAACUGGAUACAGAAUGGGCGUUAUACAAGCAAGAAUACCGGAAACAGUAUUUGACGGCAGACGAGGAGACGGAAAGACGUGAUAUCUGGGAGGCGAAUUUGGACUACAUCAACCAACACAAUGACGAGUUCCAAAGGGGAGAGCACUCGUACACAUUGGGUCUCAAUGAAUUAGCCGAUCUGAGUCAUGAAGAGUUUUUGCAUCUGUAUGGAGGAGGAAUCAGACCACGUGACUCAGGAUCUUCAGACCCGGAUACGGAUAUCGUAGUAGACACUUCCGGUCUACCAUCAGAGGUUGACUGGAGAAAGGAGGGCUGGGUUGGACCCGUAGGAAACCAGUUUGCUUGUGGAUCUUGCUGGGCGUUCACGGCGACAGGUGCACUAGAGGGUCAAGUGAGGAACAAGACAGGGAAACUGAUUGUCCUGUCCGUGCAGCAAAUGAUGGACUGCAGCGAAAAAUGGGGUAAUCAUGGAUGUGAGGGAGGUCUGAUGGACGCCGCCUUCAAGUAUAUCCACGACGUGGGAGGGAUUGAGAGUAACGCUAGUUACCCGUACAAACCCGCGGAGGAAAAAUGCAAGUUUAACAAGUCCGCUGUGGUUGCAAAGGUCAAAGGUUACAAGGAUCUUCCAAAGUCGGAGGAAAGUUUGAUGGUUGCCGUGGCAACGGUUGGUCCAAUUUCGGCCGCGUUGGACGCCUCCCAUUCGUCGUUCCAGCUCUACAAGUCUGGGGUGUAUGACGAGCCCAACUGUUCCUCGGGUCAGGUAGACCAUUCUCUGGUAGUGGUGGGAUAUGGUUUGAUGGACGGCAAGAAAUACUGGAUUGCAAAGAACAGUUGGGGUACAUCUUGGGGAGACAAGGGAUACAUUUUGCUGUCAAAGGACAAAAACAACCAGUGCGGCAUAGCGAACACCCUCAGCUACCCCAUUCUGGAAUAAAUUCUACAUCGGUACAUCUGGAACAUUGAAUAUUCCAAAGACAAAGUGUAUAAGUUGGCGUGUGAAGAAUACUUGCAAAAAUGGUGUAUUUUAGAGUUGUUUUUUUAUACUUGCUUUUUUCUAUCUUAUGUUCGAGGAACAUCGAAAAAAUAAUAAUAUCUGUUUCCGUUUAAUCACUGACUGUCGAGAGAGGGCUGUUAGAGAAUUUUCCAUACGUGACAAAACUGGAUCUCAAAUAAAGCCAAACGUCACGGCUCUGGUUUGAUAGAAAAAACGGAUUUUUAAGGAAUUUUCGAUAAUUGAAUAAAAGAAUUUAAUCAUUUUUUGAUCAAUUUGAAACUUUACUUGCUACAUUGAUGUUAUUCUGAAAAUAAAAGGAAAACAAUU